AUGUCGCACGUUCACGAUCUGGAGAAGAACCCCGUGGAGGCGGGUGUUGGCAGUAUUCCUUCGUCGGCAGAGUAUGCCUACGAAGAUGCUGCUGUCCCAGGGGAGAGCUUCGAGUAUGGCGAUGGCUACUAUGCCAAGUUGCAGCGCUUGGCUGGCAAGUUCAACAUCGAGCAGCGUGGUAUUGAGCGCGUACCCGAGAGCGAGAGAACCGAGACUGGUAUCAAGGCUUUGUUGAACGUCAUGACAAUGUGGCUCUCAGCAAACAUGGUCGUUUCGUCGUUCGCCAUUGGUAUCCUUGGACCUUCUCUGUUCUAUACUGGCUUCGCCGAUGGUAUCUUGUGUAUCCUUUUCUUCAACAUCAUCGGUAUCAUUCCUGUGUCCUUCUUCUCUGCACUGGGUCCCAAGUUUGGUCUUCGCCAGAUGGUUCUUUCGAGAUUCUGGUUCGGUUGGUGGGGCGUGAAGCUCAUUGCCAUUUUCAACGUGAUUGCCUGCAUUGGUUGGUCUUCGGUCAACUCGAUUGUCGGUGCCCAGCUUCUUAACGCUGUCAACAACGACGUGCCUGGAUGGGCUGGUGUCCUGGUCAUUGCUUUCUGCACCUUCGCCAUCACCCUCUUCGGCUACAAGAUCGUUCACGUCUACGAGUUCUGGUCAUGGAUUCCUACUUUCAUUGUUUUCCUGAUCGUCAUUGGUGUCUUUGCUCACACUGGCGAUUUCUACAACAUUCCAUGGGAGACUGGCAAGGCUGAGCUGGGUGCUGUCCUCAGUUUCGGAGCUACCAUCUACGGUUUCGCUACCGGUUGGACCUCGUACGCUGCUGAUUACACCGUCUACCAGCCUAGCAGCCAGAAGCGCUGGAAGGUCUUCCUCUUCACCUUCAUUGGUCUGCUCUUCCCUCUUUUGUUCACUCAGAUGCUCGGUCUGGCCGUCAUGACUGCCACAACCAUCAACAACGGUGACAACAUCUACAACACUGGUUACAAGCAGUCAGGCACCGGUGGUCUUCUCGGUGCUGUUCUGAUCCCUCACACUGGUGCAUUCGGAAAGUUCUGCCUUGUCAUCCUUUCUCUUUCCAUUAUUGCCAACAACUGCCCCAACAUUUACUCGGUCGGUCUUACCGUCCAGGUGUUCGGCAAGUGGAUCCAGCGCCUGCCUCGCUUCAUCCUCACCAUUGUCGCUACCGGUGCAUACAUCGCCAUUGCCAUUCCUGGUUACAGCCACUUCGAGACCGUUCUUGAGAACUUCAUGAACUUCAUCGGAUACUGGCUCGCCAUUUACACCGGCAUUGCCUUCGCCGACCACUUCGUUUUCAAGAGAUCUCUUGAUGCCUAUGUCAUCUCCAACUACGAUAAGCCUCAGAACCUCGCCAUCGGCAUUGCCGCUGUUGUUGCUUUCUGCUUCGGUGUUGCUGGUAUGGUCACUGGUAUGUCGCAAACGUGGUUCGUUGGCCCUAUUGCUCUUCACGCUGGCAAAGCUCCCUACGGUGGUGAUGUUGGUAGUGCCCUUGGCUUUGCCUUCGGCUUCACAUCAUAUCUCUUCUUGAGACCUCUUGAGCUCAAGUUCAUCGGAAGGUAG